AUAAUAAUAGUAAUAAUAAUAAUAUUUUAAAUGACCAGUUGGAAAAUCUUUGACAAAUCCAAUUCAUUUAAAUUUAACUGUUGACUUCAUACAAGUUGAGACAGACAUUGAAUAUCCUCCUCUGUGUGUCAUUAAAGACCUCUCUGCUGACCAGAGAAUGCUACUGGAAUAUAGUAUUGGAAUUUCUAGAGGGUUUUCAGACAAAAAGUAUCUGAGAAAAAAAAUAGGCCCUAUUUGUCAUGCAAGGUGGCUGACAACAGCAGUACAGAUCUUGGCACUAUACACAAGAACAAUCAAUCCCAGUAGAGAGCUCAAAAUCUUUGUUGAAUAUAUUCAAACAGUAUAUACUCCUAUGUGGUUUAAUAUUAAAAAGUCUAAGAGUUUCACAGAGGGUCCUAAACUUAUUUUCCAAUUUAUUCAGCAGAUUUUGAGAUUGGAUACUGAAGUUCAAAAUAUUACAUUGCCCAUAAUUUAUAGAAACUCUUUUUGUCUCCAACCUGAAAAUUUUAUUGCUGCUCUACUUUAUUCUGAAGAACAGGUUUAUAGAACAAUUGCUGUUGUUAAGAUUUUGGAAACAAGAAAAACCCUAAUUAAGGAUCCUAAAAAUGGAUUAAAAGAUGGUAUUAGGGUUAAUGCCAUUCCAGUUAUUGAUUGUAGAUGUAAAAACUGGUCAAAAUUAUUAAAUCUGUAUGAUAUAGACUGUUUUGAGCCCCCUUGUGUGGAAGAUAUAUCAAAUGAGGAGCUUUUGAAUAUAAUACCGAAUCAGGGAAAGGCUUCCAACUUUCCGUGCCACUCGCAAACGGUUGAAAGAGCAGUGAAAAUGACUUGUGAUGCUAGCGGAAAAUUUAUUAACCUCAAGAAAAGAAAUGCUUAUAUUCUAGCUAAAUGCCAAAGUCAAAAGAAAUGAAAAUAUUUUAGAACAAAGAAAGAAUAUACAUUGUAAUUUGUUAUCAUUUCUUUAAAUUAAUCUAUUUGGUAAUA